GUGAUGUUGGAUUGGAAUUAGUAUUAAAGUGCAAAGGCCGUCUUUGAUGAACGUAUUUACGCUGUUGACGAUAUUUUCAUCCCUACGUUCCGCUUAAUACCGAUGUCAUUUGGUAGCACACGGGAUAUCAAUCAAGAACAGACAAAAGAGGAAACAGAAGAAAAUGGCACUGAUUAAACGCUUGCCAACAUUUUUCAAAGCCUCCUCGGCAUGCAUCGUCAUAAUUUUGGCUGGCAUGAGUGAAUUAGUGGCAGCUUCUUCAAGUUCAGCACUUCCACAAGCAAACCAAUCAAGUACUAAACCAAACACAACAAAAAAUGUGACAACCUACAGCAAUCCUUCUUUAUCAAUGUUUACAUCAACCGCGGCCUCUUCUGAUUCAACAACAGUCACGUCUAUGUCAAACUCUAAUGCGGAGUCUCCUGAUCUAACAACAGUCACGUCUACGUCGAACGUUAACGUGGCCUCAUCUGAUUCAACAACAGUCACGUCUACAUCAAACUCUAACGCGGCGUCCCCUGAUUCAACAACAGUCACGUCUACGUCGAACGUGAACACGGCCUCUUCUGAUCCAAUAACAGUCCCGUCUCCGUUAAAUGAAAGCUCGGUCUCUACUGAUUCAAUAACAGUCACGUCAAUGUCGAACGUGAACACGGCCUCUUCUGAUCCAAUAACAGUCACGUCUCCGUCAAAUGAAAGCUCGGUCUCUACUGAUUCAACAACAGUCACGUCUAUGUCAAACUCUAACGCGGAGUCUCCUGAUCUAACAACAGUCACGUCUACGUCGAACGUUAACGUGGCCUCUUCUGAUUCAACAACAGUCCCGUCUACGUCGAACGUGAACACGGCCUCUUCUGAUUCAACAACAGUCACGUCUCCGUCAAAUGAAAGCUCGGUCUUUACUGAUUCAACAACAGUCACGUCAAUGUCGAACGUGAAUGCGGCCUCUUCUGAUUCAACAACAGUCACGUCUACGUCAAACGAAAGCUCGGUCUCUACUGAUUCAACAACAGUCACGUCAAUGUCGAACGUGAAUGCGGCCUCUUCUGAUUCAACAACAGUCACGUCUACGUCAACCGAAAGCUUGGUCUCUACUGAUUCAACAACAGUCACUUUUACCUCAAAUUUAAACACAGCAUCUUCUGAUUCAACAACUGUCACGUCUACGUCAAACAAAAACGCGGUCUCUUCUGAUGUAACAACAGUCACGCCUACGUCUGACUCAAACGCGUCCUCGUAUGAUUUAACAACAGCCACGUCUGAAUCUAGCUCAAACGUGGCCUCGACUGAUUUUUCAGGAGCCCCGUCUACGUCUUACCCAAACGCGGUCGCUUCUCAUUUAACAACAGUCGGGUCUACGACUAGCCAAAACACGGCCUCAUCUGGUUUGAAUACAGUAACGUCUACAUCUAACCCAACCACGGCCUCCUCUAGUUUAACAACAGGCAUGUCUACGUCUGUCUCAAACGUGUCUUCGUUUGAUUUAACAACAUUCAAAUCUACUCGUGGCUUAAACUCGGCCUCUUCUGACUUGUCACGAAGCUCAAACGCAGCUUCUUCUGAAAUAACAACAGUCACGUCUAUGUCUAGCUCAACAAAGGACAAGCCUACACCAACAAACAAACCAGCUAUACGAGUUACGACGAAAUCUUCCAAGCCUGACGUAUACUUGAAGAUAAACAUCAACUUAGAUGCAGUACAACAGUCGAUAUCGUUAUCCGUGAAGAUAAAUUUAAACUUCUCGACAGACCUUGCAAUCAAGACAAGUGCAUUGUAUAAAGAUUACGAGAGCAAUUUCAACAAAACGCUUUGGGAGAAGUUCAAUCAUAUCGACGGCUUUAAAGGCAUUGUGAUACUCGGAUUUGAAGAAGGAUCCAUAAGAUGCAAAUACAGGCUCCUUUUAAGGGGAAACACAUCUAUCGAGCAAGUAAAGGAUGACAUUAUCAACACAACAAAAGUUAUAAAAAUUACAGUACAAAACUAUACAUAUGGAGCAGAUCCAGAAGAAAAUGACGCAAAUAUUGCGAGCAUUUUCCAAGUAAUUGAUCUCCAAAAUAGUGGUUCGUGUGAGAAUAUUGACUAUAACUGUCCACUAGAGUCCGAGUGUUCGAAAGAUAAAGAUAAUCUUGUUUGUGUCCACUUUUGUGACGCAUCUGGCAAACGGGAUUGUCAAAACGAGGGUGAAUGCUACUACGACCAACGUUUUAAUGACACAGCAUGCAGAUGCAAGGACAUAGAUAACCACUUUUACAGUGGUUCAUUAUGUGAAAUAGAGCAGGAGAAGCUUGCCCUUCCCGCCAAAUACAUUGCAGCAAUAGCCGCGUCAUGUGGGGCUGUUGUCAUCAUAGUGGCAAUAGUGAUUAUUGUUUGCAUUGUCAAGAGGACUAAGAAAAAAAGAAAUGACAGGCCUUACACAAUCGGAAUGACCGACUUUCGAACUCGCCCAUCCAAGAAGGAAGACUAUACCUACUUAGACAACAGAGAGUUGUCCUCAAACCCUUACCACUUUGCAACAAACUACGGGUACGAGAGAGAGGAUUUACCGGAGACCCGGAUGGUUGAGGGAAGGGAGCAUAAGGUUACGAAGGAUGAGAAAGGACAGGAGCUAUACAUCUACCAGCCUAGUGGUCAGCCAGAUAGGCCCAACGGUCACCAAAGGUCGCACUCUUGGUAUUCCUCUGCAUCAUCCGUUGACCUUCACAGGGGUAAGAAUGGAUCAACGUACGAUUACAUUGAUACAAGCAUAAAGUUCGAAAUUCAACGACCAAACAUUCGUCAAAAUAACUUCAAGAUUUAAACCUUGAGAACAUGGUGAAACUCAAAAGUGUUGCAUUGGGCAUGUUCCCGUACUUUUCAUUGUUUCUUUUACCAGCAUAUUUUUAGAAACAUUUACCAGAGUUCAUGGAUAAUGAGUAAUCAUCAUGUAUCGCAAUGCAAAAGAAUGUAUAUUAUUCAUUUUUAAAACGAACUAAAACUAGAACGUGUUGAAACGUGUGUGCGUAUGCGUGUGUGUGUUAAUUGCAUUUGAAAACACCAAUGACCUAAAACUAACUCCUAAUCCUUUUUCUUUUACAAAUGUAUUUACAAUUUUAGAUCUUCAAACAGUUUGGAUGUUCACAGUGACAAAACCAUACAACAAUAAUAUACCAUUAGUUUAGAAAAAUAAAUAGUUUGCGCUGAAAAACAUUUUCUAGACCACUAUUCUGAAAUCAGAGUCAGCUUUAACACAUGUACGGGUGGUGUCUUAUUUUCGCACACAAGAUACCUUUCGCAAGGUACAGUUUGUGUAACCUAUGUUACUUCCAUAUACACCUGCAUAUAUUUAUUUCAUACUAAAUACAAAAAGAGAGUACCAAAAUUUACAUGUAAAUAAUGAGUGUUACUCAAAUGUAUAAAUACCCACAACAAACAUGAUUUCCUUGUUAAUAAACCCUAUAAUUAAUUUGUUAAUUAUUGAUAUAAUGGAUGAAAGUUCUAUAUGCAAGUCCAAUCACAAAUGCAUUACCUUAUACUACAAAUAACGACUCUCAUGUUAAGAGGCACCAGGUUAAGACACACCAUAUCCAACGAAAAACAAACUGCGUUACAAAUCAACACAUAGAGACUACACAUGCAUCAACAUAUCUUUAUUAAACAUGAUGGUAUUACUGCCUUUGAGA